UGGUUCUCAGUCGGUGUGUUUCCAUCGGGGUCGACUCAUAAGCAGCUUCUAGACGAGUUGGUUACCAUCUCGAGUGUAUCCCUCAGUUACCAACGCGAGUACGGAAUACUAGGCUAGGCUGCUACUAGGAGCAAGCAUUUCUGAAGGAACGGAAAGAAGGUUCCGUACUAUAUAGUAGCUUGCUCUCACCUGGUCACAUGCCACAAUCCCGAUACUCGCCGCGCUUCCUGCAAUCAAUUUCCAGACGUCCUGUUUUGAGCAGAUAAUAUCCUUGUACAUAGGUAUCUGACCUGCGGUUACGUUACUAAGUGAAAAUUAGACGCGCCUCAAGAGAUCAUUUCUUCAUCUGGCAUAGCAUUUCGAGUAGAUGAAGACAGAUACGCCAACGGUUUUCGUCGCGCUUUGCACGUGGCUGCUCCUUUGCACCACCGCACGAGCACAGGGGGACGUCGGAGCAGCCUCGAUUUCCCCGCUAUUACCUAAGAAGACCGGCCCUUCCAAGUCCGGGCCUAUCUACUACGGCAACCCAGACCUCCAAUCCAACCCGCCCAAGUCCGGCUCUCCUAAGUCUGGUUCGUCCAAAACCGGCUCCUCGAAACCCGGUUCGUCGAAGUCUGGUAACCCGGUAACCGGGGGCACCCCCACAGCGGGGCCGCGAUGCGUCAACCGCUUUCCGUCGCGACCGCUCUGCAAGUUCGUCGACAGCCUUCGCGGGGCCGGCAAUGUUGGGACGGCCUCCAAGGUCGAACCAGGUGGCACGGGCGGCAAGGCUGGGGCGGCCCGCACGGGCGGCUGGAUGGAGCUGGUGGACGGCACGAGCGGGAAGAUUCUGCGGAUCGGAGCGUAUCAGAUCCGGCAGAAGUUCCACCGAGAUCUGCCGCCCACGAAGCUGUACGCGUUUGGGACGAGCCGCGCGCGCGCGUCUUACCCGGGGCCUACUAUAUUGGCGAGGAAAGGCGUGAUGACUAAGAUUCGGUGGGAGAAUCACCUAACGGACGCGAAGCACAUGUUGCAAGUCGACUACACGAUUAAUAAAGACGUCCCUAGACCGUCCCGCGGCGGCAUCCCCAUAGUUCCGUUCAGGCACGGAGGCCAGGUGCGCAGUGCGUACUCCGGCCACCCCCAGGCGUGGUUCACACAGUACGGCGAGCUUGGUCCCGCCUUCUCUCCCCGCUCCUCCUCCCGCUCCUCCCGCUCUUCCCGCUCGUCCCUCUCCUCUCCUUCCUCUCCUUCCUCCUCGGAAGCUCCUCAGGAGCAUUCCUACUACUCUCAGACAUACAAGUACCUGAACCAGCACUCUGCUGCGCUGCUGUGGUACCGGGAUCGCACGCAGGGCAUGGGGAGGCUGAACCUUUUAGCGGGGUUGGCAGGCCUCUGGAUUCCCAAGGGGGAUUACAGCAUGGCUCUGGUCAUUGCGGAUCGCACGUUCCGAGCUAAUGGGUCGCUGUACUACCCGAGGAGAGGGGUGGUGCCUGAUGUGCACCCCAACUGGGUUAAUGGGUUCUACGGCAACACUAUAGUUGUUAAUGGCUUGGUGUGGCCCUACCUAAAGGUGCGCCCAGCGCUGCACAGAUUCCGUCUGCUAUCAGCUGCCAAUGCCCGCUUCUUCAACCUCUCAUUUAUCUGUGCCGAUCAGGCCGACUACCCCAACUUCCACCCUCCCCUGAAGGGCCAGAGGGUCAAAUUCGCCCAGAUUGGCGGUGAUGCUGGUUACCUCGUCCGCCCAUCCUACAUCCGCUCUCUCCUGCUAGCCCCGGGGGAGCGGAAGGACAUUGUCGUUGACUUCUCCUCGCUGCCCUCUCUCUGCCGCGAUGUGAUUGUAACGAAUUCGGCCCCCGCGCCUUUCCCGAACGGUGCGCGUCCGGACAGGAGCACGGGGCUGGUGAUGCGGAUUGUGGUAACGAGGAGUAAGAAGAUCCCCAGCCCGAAAAUACCCGAGAGAAUAGCGAACACCCUCCCCAAGAUCGACCUGGCUCAGGCAGCCAAGGAGCGGUGGAAGAUGCUGGUGACAGUUGAAGACCCAGUGUCAGACGCCCCACUGAGUGGGUUGAUUGACAACAAGGGCUUUAAGGACGUGGCUAGUGAAGCACCCAGAGUGGGAACAUACGAGCUAUGGCACAUAGUCAACCUCUCCCCCAUCGCCCACCCCAUCCACAUCCCCCUAGCCCUCCACCGCCCCAUCUCCCGCCGUCGAUUUGACACCGAGGCCUUUCUGGACGGUUUCUGUGCGUUGGAUCGGGCCCUGGGGUGGGCGAGCUACAGUAGAGCUGGUAACCGCAGCAACAGCAAGAGCGGCAGCAGUGGUAACAGUGGGAGCAGCAGCAGCAACAGCAGCAGCAACAACAACAGGAGAGAAGAAAAGGAGGUGGAGGUGGGGAAAGCGGCAAGGAAAGCAGUUGAGGCAAGCAAGGCAAGCAAGGCAGUUGACAGAACCCCGCGUUCAUGUUUUAUAAAGAAACCCAAGGGAAUACCGGGAGGUGAGAGGCUGGGGUGGCAAGACACCAGCGUGGUUUGGCCAAGGCAGGUGCUUACACUAUGGGUCGCUUGGGGCAGCGCAGAUAGCCUCGGGGGAGGGGGGGCGGAAGGGGGGAAAGGAGGAGGAGGGGGAAGAAAGGGAGGAGGGAGUGGGAAGGGGUGGGGAGGGUUUGGGUUUGAUGCGACCAGGGGGCCUGGUUAUGCGUGGCACAGUGGCAUUGCCGAGUACAUGGACAAUGAGGCGAUGCGGCCGAUAAUUGUGCGGGCGGCAAGGUGACAGAGGUGCUGCUGAGAAUGACCAAGAAAGCUACUAGGGGACCUGGGUACGCAUGCAAGCUAUGAGAGGCGCAUGGCAUAGUGGCAUUGCAGGGUACAUGGACAGUGAGACGACGAGGCCUCUGGUCUGGUAGUGCACGCAGCCAAGUGAUCUUAAAGGUGCCCCUGGGAUCAGACAGAGUCAAUUGAUACAGUGAGACACAGUUGUAUGACGGAUCACAUGGAUACAACAAUGAGGCGAUGACGCCGAUAGUGGUACAUGGACAGUGAGACGAUGAGGCCUCUGGUCUGGUAGUGCUCGCAGCCAAGUGAUUGUGAAGGUGCAGCUGGCUUCAGACAGGGUCAAUUGAUACAGUGAGGCACCACGGCAUUACAGAGUACAUGGAUACCACAAUGAGGCUAUGGGUAUGAGGCCGAUAAUUGUGCACGCAGUCAAUGACAAUUGCGCAUGCCAAGGCGAUAUGUCGGCCAUGUGGCAUUCUAGACCAUCCUGCAGUGCACACUACACAAGCUGCGCCUGCUUUCAUCAGCGUAUAUUGCCAUAUGUCAGCUCUAUACAUUGUAACUACGGUAACGUUUAUCAGAAUAGC